GCGUUACACGAGAGGGAAUCGGAAGGGUGACGUUGUCCCAGCAGCACAUCAAGGCACAUCUCUGGCAGGGGAGCUCUUCCGAAAAGGCAAGCGGGAGAUCUGGUUGAGGUGAACCGACAGGUGAAAGGUUACACAUUUUGGGGGUGAUCGAGCUCAAAGUACCAACGCAGGGAUCUAGUCGGGGUACCUAAGCAUCAGAGACAGAAAUGAGGGUGGUUUCUGGAUUUAGGGCUGAAGACUCACCAUCUCUAAUAUGGAGAUGAGCUUAACUACCUAAGGAGCUAAAGGACCUGUCUGCCAAGAUUCAUUUCCAGCCUGUGUAGUCAUCUAUACCGUAGCUGAUUCCAUCCAACUCCUUCUUAGCGUUGACUCUAUUAGAGAAAUUGUGCUGGAAAAUGUGGCUUGAUCUUGAUAGUUGUGUUAGAUUGACACCUUUCUGUGAAGUGUAGAUUACUUGUGUUGCUGUUCUGGUCUGGUUCACAUUUUGUCCCAUUUCCAAUAUGAGCUGCGAAGUGAAUGCUUGUGGAAUUUUUUAAGUAGGUCCAGGGAUUCAAGUUCACAACCUCCUUGACCAUGGGGGAAGUGGAAAAAAAGCGCCCCAUCAUUGCUGGAAAAGAGAAAGGACCCGGGCCUGGCCGAUAUGCACUGCCACCAACCAUUGGCUUCAUUGGUCAUGACUUCACCAAGCCAACGAGCCCUGCUUACUCUUUCCACACCAGGAUGAGCAAUAACCUGUACAGUGUCGACUCCAGUCCUGGGCCACAGUAUUACAUAGACGCCAAAAUGACUCGCUUCGGAAGGGACGGCAACCCUGCAUACUCCAUGUUAGGCAGAGUGAGGGGACCAAAGAGAAUGUUCCAGACUCCAGGCCCAGGCGCCUACAACCCAGAGAACGCUCCUCCGUGUAACAGUCAGCGCAGACCUCCAUCUUACACCAUGGGAUGCCGCACGCGUUAUCGCACCGUGGACCCGGUGCCGGCCCCUAACAAAUACUCUCUCCCUGCCCUGAUGGGGCCCCAGGUCCCCACCAAGCAAGCCAGCGCCAGCUACACCAUCUCGGGGCUGUGCAAGUCUGGGGGUCCCUCGGAGGACUUGUCAAAGACCCCCGGUCCUGGGAGGUACAACAGCACAGACCCCAGCGUCUACCUGCCACGCCAGCCGGCGUUCUCCAUGCUCGGUCGCCACGGCUUCCCCGCCGACGCCACGGUGAAGCCCGGGCCUGGCACACACAACCCGGAGAAGGUGAUCGUUCACAAGCCCCGGGCGCCUGCCUUCUCCCUGGGGAUAAGACACUCUGAGUUUGUCACUCCGCUGGUGGUCAAUGCAGCUGACUAAGCAGACACAUCUUCAUAGAGGUCUGACCUGCGGCUGAAUGGAAUUCCACUUUGAUAUUCAAUAGAUGUGGACAAAUGUGAUUCAAUAGACGCAGAGGUCUUAAGGAAUGAAUAAACGUAGAAUUAGAAUGUAAACAGAAUGUAGAGCAAUAAGUUUUAUUUGUACUGUUCAGAAAUAACAGUACUGUCUAAGAAUCAACAAAAACUUUACACAUUUAUCAAAAUGUAUGUUCUGUAAGAAUAUAUAAAUAUUCACACAGUAAAUAAUCAAUAAAGUA